AUGGCAUUCAAGUUCAUCGCCGUUGUUGCUUUACUCGCUGUAGCAAAUGCUGGCAUUAUACCAACCGCUCAGGUCUACCAUGCUGUCCCAGCUACUAUCGUCAAAACUAUUGCUCCUGUAGCUCAUUAUGCUGCCCAACCUGUUUUAGCUAAAGCUGAUGAUGAAUACGAUCCCCAUCCUCAAUACAAAUUUUCCUACGAUGUUCAAGAUGCUGUUUCUGGUGACUCCAAGAGCCAAGUUGAAGAACGUGAUGGUGAUGUUGUUCGCGGUGAAUACUCAUUGAUUGAUUCUGAUGGCUUCAAACGUACUGUCCAAUAUACCGCAGAUCCUGUUAAUGGUUUCAAUGCUGUUGUUAACCGCGAACCCUUGGCUGUUAAGGCUGUAGUUGCUCCCGCUGUCGUCAAAACUCAUUAUGCUGCCCCAGCUGUAGUUAAAACUUUUGCUCCCGUAGCUCAUUAUGCUGCUCCAACUGUAGUCAAGGCCAUUACUCCAGUAGCUCACUAUGCUGCCCCAGCCACUUACAUUUUUAUGUAUUUCCAGUUCAUCGCAGUCUUUGCAUUACUCGCUGUCGCCAAUGCUGGCUUCAUUCCUGCUGCUCAGGUCUACCAUGCUGGCCCUGCUGCUGUUGUCAAGACUGUUGCUCCCGUAGCUCACUAUGCUGCUCAACAUGUUUUGGCUAAAGCCGACAACGAAUACGAUCCCCAUCCUCAGUACAAAUAUGGAUACAAUGUACAAGACAACAUUUCUGGUGACUCCAAGAGCCAAGUUGAAGAACGUGAUGGUGAUGUUGUCCGUGGUGAAUACUCUUUGAUUGAUGCUGAUGGCUACAGACGUACCGUUCAAUAUACUGCCGAUCCCAUCAAUGGUUUCAACGCUGUUGUGAACCGUGAACCUCUUGUCAAAGCUGUAGUUGCUCCCGCUGUUGUUAAGACCGUUGCUCCAGUUGCCCAUUAUGCUGCUGCUCCCGUUGCCCAUUACGCUGCUGCCCCAGCUGUAGUCAAGACUGUUGCUCCUGCUUACACCAGCUAUGCUGCUCCAGUUGCCCACUACGCCGCUGCCCCAGCUGUAGUCAAGACUGUUGCUCCUGCUUACACCACCUAUGCUGCUCCAGUUGCCCACUACGCUGCUGCCCCAGCUGUAGUCAAGACUGUUGCUCCAGCAUACACCACAUAUGCCGCUCCUGCCACUUAUUAUGCCCAUCACUAAAAUGUUCAUUUCGUUAAACCCAUUGUGACCAUUAAUGAUUAUUUAUAUUGUUGUUGAUUAAAUAAAUUAUUUAAAAUUAUCUAAAUA